UUUUUAUAUGAACCAUUGUAACUUCUUUGGAUGGGGUACUAUUAUUUUAUAUUAGCAAAAAACAAAAUGAAAUCGGUAGAAAUUGUAUUUUUGGAAAGACAGAUGGCACCUCUUAAUCACUGACAACUUUUCACCCUGUAAUCCAACUAUAAAUGAGAUUCCAAUCAAGUUACUGAACUUUGAGUUUAAUCUGUUACUAGUUUUCGUUUUACUUGAGCGAUAGGAAAAUCCGAUAAUAAACAUCGCAUGUUGUUCACUUCAAACUUAACGAACGAAGCGUAAGAAAUUAUAAAGUGGUGCAUCUAAAAGUUAGACUGCUAUCUACAAAACUUCCUUCGGAAACGAUUGAAAUUUUUUUUUAAUUAGAGUAAAUAGAGUAUCGAAUUUUUUCAUUAUGAUUUGUCACCAUUCAAUGAGUUAUUAACAGUUCCAAAAAUAAUCAACACAAGGAUAAUGCCGGCAUGAUUAAUCUUUGUUAUCGGAGUCGAACCUAAGCUUCGUUCAAAAAUAAAUCUAUUGGUUGGCAUUCGCUGUCAGUUUUAAUUUUACUUUAUUGAAAAUUUAAAUCGUGCCGUUGCUAGUCUGUGCUAAGCCUUUCGCGUUGUCACGAUAAACUCAUUCGCAUACAAUUAUUAUUCUGUAGCCAUCAAGGUCGCAACAUAAUAAAUAAGGUCCGCAUUAUUUUCGAAAUUUAUGCGACGACCCGCGUCCAUAGCCAAACACUUCUAUACAAUAUGUUGACAAAACGAACCCUCCGACGACACAAUUAUUAUUAACCUAUUAAAGACGCGCGACGCUACGCUCAAAGGCAGUCACUCAUCCUGGAUCAACAAUGUUGGUUUUGUUGGCAGUGGAGUUUGGGCGCAAAUAAAACUAUUACUAAAAAAAUAUUUGCAUAACGACAAAGUGCGGUUGUAGGCGGUCCGUGGCCCGUUGAUAACCACCUAAAUCGACAACUGUAUACAGCAAAACUUCUGCAUAUAGGGGACGACGCACGAUAGUAAAAACAAUAAUUAGUAGGUUAGACCACCCGCAUGUCAAACGGUAGUAAGUAAAGUGCGUGCGGCCUACGCGUUUGUUAGUAUAUGACUUUGUAUCCUCACUGCAGAGGGCGACAACCGACGUCGGUGGGAGCGCUCACAGGUAUCGGCAGCAGGUACCGUAGCAAGCCAUGAUCCACGUGCUGUUCAUGGGUAACUCAAUUGCUAGUGACAACGGUCGUUCGACCACCGACAGCUGUGCAAUGGACAAACUUGAAGAAGACGUGGAACGGCUGAAAGUGUCCAUGAGGGAGAAGGAUUCCAAGAUAGACAACCUCGGACAAGCUGUCGAUGAAAUUCGGAGUAUGAUUGAACAAUCAGUUGUAAAUCAAAAUGUUCUAAAAAUUCAAAGUCGCGUGGAUAAGAAAAAAGGAGUGUCUGGAGAAUGUUCCAGCCUGGUUGAAAUACCUUUACCAUUACCUAAACAAACCAAAUCCAUCAAUUCCAAACAUUUGAUAAAAGAAGCUCUAUGCAAGAAUCCGUUUUUGAAAAACUUGAAUACCGCACAAAUGUCAGAAAUUGUGGACGUUAUGUACCCAAAAGACUUCGAUGCAGGAUCUUAUAUUAUUAAAAAAGGCGAACCGGGUUGCUGUCUAUACGUGGCCGAUGAAGGUAAGUUUGAUGUGAUCCAGAGCGGCCGAGUGGUGGAUUGCAUAUGGCCAGGAGAAGUAUUCGGAGAGCUAGCUAUUUUAUAUAAUUGUCCGCGAACUGCUUCUAUAAGAACUACCCAAGAUGCAAAGGUGUGGAUACUAGAAAGAGUAGCUUAUCAAAAAAUAAUGAAAACAUCUGCUAUGAAAAGGUUUGAUGAAAGAGUAGGAUUCCUCAAAAGCGUACCAUUGAUGAAAGACCUCGACGAAGAGAUUUUAUGGAAAAUCUCUGAUGUACUAAAAGAGGAGUUUUAUCCAGAAGGACAUUAUAUAAUAAAACAAGAUACUGUGGGUGAUAAAUUUUAUAUUCUUAGUGAAGGCAGGGUAAAAGUGACAAAACUAAAUAAAGAUCUUGUUAUAGGCGAUGAUGAAGAGGAGGAAUUUGGUAUACUUGAACAAGGUGAAUUUUUUGGAGAGGUAGCGUUACUCAAAGAAGAUAAAAGAACUGCCAAUGUCGUUGCUAUGCAUCCAGGAGCCGAAUGUCUCACAUUGGACAGAGAACCUUUUAUACAUUUCAUUGGAAAUCUCGAAGAAUUAAAAAAUAGGAAGUACACCGAAAAUUCAUCCAAAACUGAAGCUAACAAACUUUCUGAGAAAAUAUCCUAUCCAGAAUUAUUUCGUGUUGAACUCGACGACUUUGAUACAAUCGCAACGAUUGGUGUUGGAGGAUUUGGCCGAGUAGAUUUGGUAUGUUUAAAACUCAAUAGGGACAGAUCGUACGCCAUGAAGAAACUCAAGAAACAACACAUCGUGGAUAUGCAGCAACAAGAACACGUGUACAACGAGAAAACUAUUCUUGAAUCGUGUUCUAAUCCAUUUAUUGGCAAACUUUAUCGUACAUAUAAAGAUGAAAAAUACGUUUACAUGUUGAUGGAAGCGUGUCUAGGUGGUGAGAUCUGGUCGUUAUUACGAGACCGUAGGUGUUUUGAUGACAAUGCUGCUUGUUUCGUAGCGGGAUGUGUGUUGGAAGCACUUGACUUCUUGCAUGACAUUGAUGUUAUCUAUAGAGAUCUAAAACCAGAAAACUUACUUCUAGACCGAGAGGGAUUCGUCAAACUGGUUGAUUUUGGUUUUGCUAAAAAACUACAACCUCGUGGUAUGAAAACGUGGACGUUUUGUGGCACACCCGAGUAUGUGUCACCAGAAAUUAUAUUAAAUAAAGGUCAUGAUCGAGCAGUUGAUUUCUGGGCAUUGGGAAUACUUAUUUAUGAACUACUAGCUGGAAUAGUUUAGAAGAGGGCUUUAGAGCCUUAGUCUUUUCAAAACAUCAAGAUGAUUAUAUAAAUAAUGAGGCGUGAUUGUUGGAUAAGCAACGUUCUCUAUGAAGGAGUUAAAACAAAAUGGAGUCAUUUCAUUAAUAAAUUUCAAAAUCCACAAUUAAAAGGACUCCAUUACAUUGUAUCUAAUCAAUGGGCACAUUUUUGUUUAAUCGAUUUCACAAAGGAUGUGGCUUAUCAACCAAUCACAGCUCUCCAUUUCAACCCAGUAUAGAGGUCUCCACCAAUGAGAUGACUCCAUUUUGUUUUAACCCUUCAUAGAAGGCGUGGCUUAACCAAUAAUCACAUACCUCAUCAUUUUUUAUACCCAAAGGAUGACCAAGCCCGUCGCCGGGCAUGAGCUCCUCCAAGAACGCGGCCGCCCGCUCGAACCCAAGUGUCGGAUGACCAUGCUCCGAUAGCGGACUCACCUCUCGUCGUUUCCUCCAAGAGGUGAGUGGACCAGGUCCUUCAUAGGACCCGAUCGGUUGGACAGGUGAGUGGACCAGACUCACGGUGGAUGACUUAUCGUCUCACCCAAGUGAUGUCCUGCCACAGCUGCUUUAACGAGUACUUGCACCGUAUUCGCAUAGCCGCCUCGCCGACGUGCGACCACUGUUCGGAUCUCCCACGGGAGGCUGACAGCGCUCUGCAUACCCUCUUCCGGUACGAGGCGUGGGCCCAAGUGCGGGACUCUUUGGAGUACUGAAUUGGGUCAACGUUCCUAGUCGGGUCCAUGGUAGACCUGAUGUUGGGGAGCCGGGAGGCAUUGAGGUUCGUCCAGGCGUUCGCCGAAUCCGUCUUAAAACAGAAAGAAGAAGCGGAAUGCCUGAGACAGAGGCAGCCACGUCACGCGGUACAGGAGAACCUGAGGCGCUGAUUUAGGCCGGCGCCUUAGGUUCUUGUUUUUGUGUUAUUUGUGUUUUGUGAGUUAUUUUGCCAGCCCUCCUUAACGGUUCCUACUCUGGGAUCCGACUAACGGGCUUUUGAUUUAAAGCUCUUGAUUAAUUUCGGGCUGAUUCACAACGUAGUGGUGUGAAUUAUAGAGACGGCGUGGGCCGCCCUAAAGUAAUGCCUAAAGGUAGUUCCAGGGCAGCCCACAUUAAUGCCGAUCGUGUUAAAAAAAAAAGGAUGACCACGCCACCAAUUUCCCAUGAGGUCAAAAUGGGCGUGCCCUCAUAUUUCAAAAGGAACUCUAUAACACUACUCACAUCCAAACUUACAAACAUGUAUGUAUGUGUAAUUUUGAACUAAAGACCGGUGAAUUUAUUUUAAAAAAUGCAUUUACAAUUACCCCACUUUAUCUUAUAAGUUGAAGUAUUGUUGGUAUAAAAAUUAUAGUAAAUCUAGCGAAAAAUAUCAAGAGUUAUAAAAGCACAUUCAACUCUUUGAACUCGAUUAUAUCAAAAUUAAAAAAAUAUAACAUUUCUUGUAUUCUAAAAGUUUAAUAUAUAAAUUUUAUUACUAGACCACCAUUCACUGGUGACGAACCCAUGCAAAUAUACAAUUCAAUACUUAAAGGUAUAGGGGCUGUAUCCUUCCCAAGACAAAUAAAUCGAACGGCUCAGAAUCUUACUAAGCAGUUGUGCCGAGUUGACCCA